AGCAGUUGCGAGACCUGUCUUGGAAUAGUUGCCAACACAGUCAACAGACAGAAGCUCAUAUCGAAUCAUGUCUUCAUCGAAGCCUUCCGCUCAUCCUUACUCCUUGCCCGAUCUCACUAAAACCAAGCUUUCCAUGGAGGAUGACUGGACUAAGGUGAAGGACCGGAAAGAAAAGAAGCGCAUUCAGAACCGUGUUGCACAGCGGACAUACCGUCAUCGUAUGAAAGCACGUCUAGGGGAAUUACAGCAAAAACUCGAAUAUCAUGAGAGAAACAAGGGAACAUCGACGUAUGGUGAUGCUCCUGGUGUUGGCGACAGUGAGAACACAAGCAGGAGCCCGUCUGUACAGCUUUCGACUCCAACAUAUACCACAGACGACAGCCCAUCUCCGAGGGCUAACGAACUGAUGGUGUUUGAUGACAUUCACUUGCCCAACUAUCACAGUCCGCACGUCUUUCAUACCGAUACCAGUCAACUAUUUAACCUAUCGCCCGUUACAACACCAUUAACUUCACAACCACCGCGAGUGUUCACUGUAGAGCAGUCGAACAUCACGGAUAGUGGGUACAAUUCGGCUGUCGUACAUGAAUAUUUGCGCCUCCAAAUGCAACCAUUCGACACACAGCAUCGUGCAGCUGAUGGCCAAGCGAACAACUAUGCUCUUGGUGUCUCUACACAUGGCAACGAUUCAUUCUUAGUUCACGAUAGCCCUGAUAUUGACCCGUUGCUGUUUUCUUCCGAGAGACACGGUACAAUGACUGUAGGAUAUACAGAAGAAGGUGAAAGCAAGGUCCUGAACUGGAAAGCUCAGCCACCACCAUUAGCAACGUCCAACCCAGGCCAGGCGGUAGCUCUCACCUCUUCUGUUGCCCCGGACCUGCCCGAAACGAAAGAGACGCGGACUUCCAACCGUACCGCCUGUAGUACUACACCGGCAGAAGUCAACCAAAAAGCUCCCAGACAACAACAACAACAUCAACCAGCAUCAUUACCCACCAAACGACCUACGUUGGAUGAACGCAUGGAAAGCGUUAUGGAACGGGUUGAAACAGAAGGCUUCGACAACUUCGACUCCCUCGCCACUCUCUACUACAAAGCCAAGUUCGGGGACUCCUCCUCACUUGCAGUCGAGCAGCGACUCAGCCGUAACCGGCGUCUGCCCAAGCUGUUUGCCGACGUUUUCUCAGCCGCUCAAGAGUGGGGUGCACGCGAACAACGACCGCUGUUCGAUGAGGUCCUCAGAAUGUCGGAGGGUAUGCUGAUAGGCGAGGCGAGGGGUGUUCACAGUACGCUUCACGCGAGCAUCGGUGGGCUGGCCAGGUCGGCCAAAGACCACGAAACUGGCAAGAGUGCUGUUCCGGGUUUGAAGAGACUGAUGGAGGAUAAUUUAUCGAAUCUCUGGGCCUUGGUGACGGCAUUAGCGACAGAGAACAGAGCAGUACGGCAGCGAGAUCGCUCAAAUACAGUGCUGGCGACAAUUCUGGUCUUGCAGUGCUCUGGCCAGCUACCCAAACAGAGUCUCAUGGCUUUAUUGGAUGCUUGUCUUUGA